AUGGAAGCUCCCGAGUUUCACUUAGACGCUGCUACCGCUAGCAGGACGUAAUAGCGUUGUUGGGCAUUUUAAUCCACUUGUUGAAGAUUAAAACAACAACGAUGUCUGAAGGAGAUAGGUUGAGAGGACUGAUCACAGAGAGACUAACGGCUGCUGCUGAAGACAUAUUUGAGCUGGUUAAAACUACUAUCGUGGAGUACAAGGAGGAGCUCGAGCGCCAACGGAAACUGCUGGAUAUCUUCUUGAAUCCUUCAGUCUACCUACACAGGAUAGAUGUGCCACAGCAACUUGUGUGUAAGGAAGAGGAGGUUCUACUUAGCAAGCAGCUCUGUAACCAGGAUAGAAACUCCAGUCCAGACCAAGAGGAGGCAGAGCCUCCAUGGAUUAAAGAGGAACCAGAGGAACCCUGCAGCAUUCAGGAGGGAGAGCAGCUUGAACUGAAGGAGGAGACUGACACGUUCAUGACUCCUGCUCAUGAAGAAAGAGACCACAGUGAACCAGAUCUACAUGAACACCAGCUCCUUUCUGACAGCACUCAUGUUGCUGAGGAUCAAGAUCGUGCAGGAAGCAAGGACAGGGACUCAGAAUCAAGUAGAAAUUCAAAGUCAAACAUUCCUGACAAAAUCCAUCAAAACAGUCACAACACUGACGUGUCAGAGAAUCAAUGUAAUCCUCUUCAAGAUCAGCCAUCUUUUAAAUGUGACAUUUGUGGUGAAAGUUUUAAGAACAAGUUAGCUUUUCAGUCACAUCAGCGUGUCCACAGUGGUAAAGAAACACAUUCUUGCAAGAUUUGUGGAAAAAUAUUAAAGUGUAAGUCGAAGCUGAACUCUCAUUUGAGAUUUCACACAGGCGAGAGGCCGUAUUUAUGCACAACCUGUGGAAAAGGAUUCUUUCAAAUAUCAGACUUGAAAAAUCACAACAUGAGACACACAGGUGAGAAGCAUUUUACAUGUACAACAUGCGGCAAAUCUUUCAUACAACAUAAAGACAUGAAAAUCCACAUGCGUACACACACAGGUGAGAAGCCUUACUCCUGCAGCAUCUGUGGAAAAAAAUUCUCUCAUCAAACAAGUCUGAGAAAUCACAUCAAAAUUCAUACAGAUGACUGGCCGUCCAGUUGCAAUACAUGUGGCAAAACUUGUAGAAACAGUAAUGACCUGAAAAAACAUGUAGAAAGGAUCCACUUAGGUAUGCGGCCUCACUCAUGCAGCACCUGUGGAAAAGGUUUCUAUUCAAAGACAGAGUUAACUAGGCAUAUGCAAAGUCAUUCAAGUAAAAAGUGAUACACCUGUAGUACCUGUGGAGCAUCAUACACAAGCAAGCAAAAUUGGAUUUGGAACGCUCUGAUUUUCACUGUAUUAAAUGCUCUGGUUUGUAAAGGUUUGACAUAUUGCAAGUCUGACAUACUUGGGUUUUUAUGUACAUUUCUGAUUGUUUUACAGUUGCAACUGUGAGUUUUAUUUUGGCCAGGUCUCCAAAACAUGGGACUAACUUGGCUAAAUAAUUGUCAUAAUUUUUCAUAAGGAAAUAAUAAAGUUGA